UGUGCUUCUUGGUUUAAACUUGUAUUUGCUUUCUGAGCAAGGUCACAGCUCAGCUGACCAAGUUUGUGACUGCUGGAGCAGGCUGGGCUCCAGCCACGCCGCGGUCGCUGCUCCGAGCCCUUCCCUGGGAGAAGAUGCUUUGGAGGGAGGCAAGAGCUGCUGCUGCCCGGGGGGUUUGUGGGUGCCAGCCUGAGCAGGGUGAAGCGACUCCUCAGCCCUUGUCAGAAGAUGCUUAAGUGACAGCCCAGUUAGACCCCACCAUGGAGAAGACAGAAGCAGAUGGCCAGCCACCCAAACCCGACGGGGACAGGGAGCAGCCCCGCAGCCUCCCCUACUCCCUGGAGACACCCUACGGCUUCCACUUGGACCUGGACUUCCUGAAGUACGUGGACGACAUCGAGAAAGGCAACACCAUCAGGAGGGUCCACAUCCACCGCAGAGCCAAGCAGCCCAAAUUCAGCACCCUGCCCCGAAACUUCAGCCUGCCCGAGAGCGGCUCCCGCGGCUGCUCCAGCGCCGCUCCCAGCAAGAGCUGGACCUCCACCUGCUCCUUCCCGCAGCGAAAGGCAUCCCUGGGGGAAGAGCCCCCCCGGGCCCUGCUGCCGGCCGAGGCAGCUCCCGAGGAGCCGAGCUACCGGAGGAAGGCGCUGCUGGCGGAGACGCGGCGGCAGGCGGAGCUGGGCCGGCCGCAGGACGCGCUGAGGGCGCGGCCGCAGCUGCUGCGGGCCUCCAGCAUGCCCGAGGCGCUGCCCCCCGGCCACAGCCCCCCGGCGGGACCCCCGCCGCUCCGGAGCCCUCCGCAGCACGGCCACGGCUCCGAAAGCGCCUCCCUUCCCGGCUCGGACAGCAGCGGCCUAACCCCGCCGCGGGAGAUGGAGCCCCGCGGGGCUGUGCCCCUGCAGGCCCCCUGGCAGAGCCAGCAGCUGCAGGUGGUGAUGGAGAGCCGCGGUGAGGAGGGCGAUGCCGCCGAUGGCUCCGACGUGGCCAGGGGUGAGGCAGCGGCGCCGGCUGCCCUCCGGCUGGCAGAGGAGAACGGGAACCCUGCGGAAAGGGGGCUAAGUGUGAGUGAGGUGGAUCUGAAGGUGCUGAAGGAAGGUGAGGAGAGGAACGUCCGCGCUGGAGGGGACGAGGAGAGCGGUGUUCCGCAGGCUCCUGACCACGGAGAGCCCGGCGGGGUCACGGCGCUGAAGCAGCAGGUCGCUGACCUGGAGGAGCAGCUGGCCAAGAAGAAAGAGGAGCUCGAGCAGGUCAGGGCAGUGCUGGAGCAGCAGGAUCAUGAGAUCCAGGAGAAGGAGAAAAGCAUUAAGCUGCUGGCCAGCUCCAGAGCUCAGCUGGAAGAGCAGCUGUGGCAGGAGAAGUGCAGAGAGGCUGAGCUGCGGAGGCGGCGGGGCAGCGGGGCCUUGCAGCGCCUGGACGCUGCGGUGAACACCGAGCUCUCCCAGGUGACAGCGCUCAGGCAGGCCCAGGACAAAGGCAUCAACGUCAACAUCCCACUCUCCACCAGAUCCAUCGGCUGCGGCUCCCACCGGGAAGAGAACAGCAGCGCGCAGGCCGUGGGGGCGUGCAGGGAGCCGGGGCCGGCAGCUGCUCGAGCACGGGGACGUUCUGGUGAGGCCAGCAUGGAGGCUGGGCCUGCUGCUCCGGGCUUCACCCGGCUGCAGAUCCACGAGCACCCCGGCGACGACAACCAGAACCACCAGGACUCCCUCGGCCCAAACGCAGCCCAAAGCAAGGCGGGCUUUGGAGAAGAUAACCCUCGGGAAGGGCUGCAAGAAGAAGGUGCCCCUGGCCACGAGGACCUGCCGGCUGUUGACCCCAUUGGCCAAUAUGUAAAAAAGAUCCAGGAGCUCCUGCAGGAGCAGUGGCUGUGCUUGGAGCACGGGUACCCCGAGCUGGCCAGCGCUAUCAAACAGCCGGCCUCCAAGCUCAGCUCCAUCCAGAACCAGUUAGUUAAUUCCCUAAACUCCCUGCUCUCUGCCUACUCCUCGCAAGGGCCCGUGGAUAAGGAGAAUUCCAACACGCACUAUCAACAGUUGGAAAACUCUCCAACCACAAGUCUUAAAUCCAUCAUGAAAAAGAAAGGUUAUGGUUUCCAUGCAGGAGGCAAUGGGACCAAAAAGAAUCUCCAGUUUGUUGGGGUAAAUGGUGGCUACGAGACAACGUCAAGUGAAGAAGACACCAGCUGUGAGGACAGCGCGUCGGACGGCGACACCGAGACCGAGGCCGAGGGCAGAGCCGGGGACGCGGAGCCCGAGCAGGCUGGAAGGGAAAGCAGAGGGGCUUCCUCAGGGGAGAGGCGUGAGGAUGAUGAUGAUGAUGAGCAGGAGGCAUCAGCAGGAGCAGCACCCUGCUCUCAGCACCAGGCUCACAGAUGCAAACCCUCUGAAGAUUUCCUUGCUGCCUGCCAGCUCCUCAGUGAACACCUCCCAGAAAUCAGGAGCAGAAGCAACAAGCAUCUGCAGCACGUCCUCGGCUCCGUCUCCCAGGAGUGGUUCCAGGUGUCCAGCCACAAGGCUUCCAGGCCGGAGGUGGUGGCAGCGUACCUGGAGGCGCUGGGGGACAUCCAGCCCCAGCUCCUGGAGACCGUGGUGAACCUGCCUGACAGGAAUGGCAACACAGCUCUCCACUACAGCGUGUCCCACUCCAACUUCCAGGUUGCAAAGCUCCUGCUGGACACGGGCAAGUGCUGCCUGGACCUGCAGAACCGUGCUGGCUACACGGCCGUGAUGCUGACGCCGCUGGCGGCCCCCGAAACCCGCCAGGACAUGGAGGUGGUGAUGAGGCUGCUGAAGGAGGGGGAUGUCAACCUGAGAGCUGCCCAGGGCGGCCAGACCGCGCUGAUGCUGGGGGUCAGCCACGACAGGGACGACAUGGUGCGGGCCCUGCUGGCCUGCCAGGCCGAUGUCAACCUGCAGGACGAGGAGGGCAGCACGGCGCUGAUGGUGGCCUGUCGCCAGGGCAACGCCGACAUCGUCCGGCUGCUGCUGGCGCAGCCCGGCUGCCUGGUGACACUGACGGACAAGGGCGGCAACUCGGCGCUGUCGCUGGCCCACGGGGACAUCGCGGCGCUCCUGCGAGCCCACAUCGAGCUCAGCCCGUCCCUCCCGGUGUGACCUGCCCCGGGCAGCUGGAGCCAACAUUCCUGCCUGGCAGCGCCGCUGGGGCAGGGCCCUGCAGCGGGCUCACAGGGCAGGAGCAUCCCUGUGCCUAAUUCUCCUCACUCGUCCCACUCCCAGCCCUGAUCUGUGCCACAAACAACUCCAGACUCUCCUCUCUGCUCCUCCCGGGGUGGAUUUGGCAGGUGAGCACCCGAAAUAACUGAGAGAAGCACAUUAGAGCAGCAAUACUUAGUGUUUUGUAACCUGAGGUUAUGGGUGUCCUUUUAAUCGACUACUUAACUGUAUCUCAUUUAACUUGUAAGUUUGUGUCCUAAUAUUUAUUAUCAGCUCUUCUGUAAGUAGUGGCAGGCAGCGAUUGCUCAGUGUAUGUAACAACAAACACAAGCUGGAUGGAUUAUGGAAAGCAUAAAAUCCUAUUUAUGUUUGCUUAUGCGGGUCUGAUGUAAGAAUUAAAAAUUAAUGCUCUAGGAAAAUAUUUGAGUGUGCCAGACCCAAACACGCAGACAUUGUUUUGCCUGGGCUUGGAAUUACCAUAUGGCUGUUAUUUUUCCCUAAUUAAGUUUGAGCUAACGGGGAAGUGCAGCCCAUUGACAGGCUCUGCAUCGUGGUGGGGUGGGGCAGGGCAUUCCAAGCACGGGGAGAUCCCAGCAGAUUCCCAUCCCAGGGUGUGGUGAUGUUGUCCAAGAGCUCUGUGGAGUGGCUUUGCCUUUUGGAGGAGCAGUGUUUGCUCCUUGCUUUGCCUCUGCUCAAUUUUAAUAUUCCCAAACUCCUCCUGUAAAGCCAAGCCAUGAUUUAGGAGCUGGAACUGGGUCUCCCCCACCAUGGAGCACCCACAGGGUCCAGCAUCACCUCAAAUCUGGGUUUUUUCUUAAAUCCCUCUGCUGACAGAGGCCCCAGCAUCCUUGUUCUGCUGCAUCAGGACCCAGUGGGUGCUCUCCCUUGGCUUUGGUGGAGCACACCCAGAUCUCCCUGAUUAGCUAAUUAUUCUUUUUUUUUUUUGUAAGCAGAAGUAAAUUCUGGACCACUCUGGUUGUUGUUCAGUCAGUUCACAUCCUGACAAAAUGUUUCUUGAGCUGCCUUGUGCCCCCAUCCUUGCAGGGAGGGGAGAACAGCCCUGACCUCUGUUUUCCAUGGAAAUCUGCCAUCUGCUCAAUUUUCUUUCCUUUCUUCAUAUUUUCAGUCCAGAGCAUUCACUAUCUCAAACUCCUAUCUGCCUUUUUUUUUU